GCUGUUUCACUGGAAAGACGAACUGUAAUGACGAGGGAGAGGCAGAGAGAGCUAUAAAUUAAGGACCUCAGCUACUCGCUUUACAUAGCCUCCUAGUCGCUUGUCCAGCCACUUCUGUACCUUCACGAGCCAGAUAGCUUGGAAAGCAUCAUGGACUCGCUAGGCACAGCAACCGCACAGUUUGGGUUUGAUCUUUUCAAAGAGCUGGAUAAAAGAAACGAUGGCAACGUCUUCUUUUCCCCCGUGGGCAUCUCAACAGCCAUUGGCAUGAUCCUCCUGGGGACCCGAGGAGCCACUGCCUCUGAGUUACAGAAGGUACUUUACUCUGAAAAAGGCACAGGAAGCUCCAGAAUAAAGUCUGCAGAAAAGGAGAUUGAGAAGACAGAAGAAAUAUAUAAUCAAUUCCAAAAGCUUUUGACUGAAAUAAGCAAAUUCCCUAAUGAUUAUGAACUGAAAAUAAGCAACAGGCUGUUUGGAGAGAAAACAUACCUCUUCCUUCAAAAAUACAUAGAUUAUGUUGAAAAAUAUUACCAUGCAUCUCUGGAGCCUGUUGAUUUUGUAAAUGCUGCAGAUGAGAGUCGAAAGAAGAUUAAUUCCUGGGUUGAAAGCCAAACAAAUGAAAAAGUCAAGAACCUGUUUCCAGAAGGCUCUUUUAACAGCUCCACCAAGCUGGUGCUCAUUAAUACAGUUUAUUUUAAAGGCUUGUGGGACAAGGAGUUUGAAAAAGAACAUACUAAGGAGGAGGAGUUCUGGCUGAAUAAGAACACAAGUAAACCUGUGCAGAUGAUGAGCCAGUGCAGCUCCUGCAGCUUCGCCCUCUUAGAGGACCUGCAGGCCAAAAUUGUGGGGAUUCCGUAUAAAAACAACGAUCUCAGCAUGUUUGUGCUUCUGCCCGAUGAUGUAGACGGUCUGGAGAAGAUAAUCGAUAAACUAUCUCCUGAGAAGUUGGUAGAGUGGACCAGCCCCGGACACCUGGAGCAAAGAAAAGUGGACCUGCGCCUGCCCCGCAUGCAGGUGGAGGAGAGCUACGAGCUGGAGGCCAUGCUGGAAGCUAUGGGCAUGCGCACUGCCUUCAGAGAGUGUGGGGACUACUCAGGCAUGUCUGCACGCUCCGGGCUGCACGUCCAGAAGUUCCUGCACAGAUCCUUCAUGGUGGUGACCGAGGAAGGAGUCGAGGCCGCUGCGGGCACUGGCAUGGGCUUCACGGUCUCGUCAGCCGCAGGCUGCGAACUUGUGCACUGUAAUCACCCGUUCUUGUUCUUCAUCAGGCACAGAGAGUCCGAUAGCAUCCUCUUUUUUGGCAGGUUUUCUUCUCCCUGAGAUGAUCAAGGGGGGACAUGGCUCCAUCAGGCAGCAUUCGGGUUGACAGACCAUGGGAUUCAUACACGUGCUUUAGAGGCGCUCCGACUUCAGGCACAAUGGCAGCCUAAUUUGAGGCCGGUCAGCUCCAGCUCAGUUCGCCCCUGACUUCCCUUGAAGGUCCAUCAGUACCAGGAACGUUUUUUUUUUUUUAAUUUUUUCCUGCACU